GCCUUUAUUGGAGGAACUAGGAAGCUUCAUUGUGUUUCUCUGUGGCCCUCCCAAUGGUGUUUUACUAGAGUUUUGGGUUAAUCUGAAUAGAUUGAGGUGCUGCCAUAAUUGAUUUCCCAUUAUGGCAUCUCGCCCUGCCUUGCUUCUGUUUCUUGCUCUUCUCUCUGUAAUUUCUGCUGUAGAAGUUGAACAUGCUACAAUUACAAUUGAUGGGAGUUCGACAAUUGCUAAAACUGAUAAUGAUUUUGUUUGUGCUACACUUGAUUGGUGGCCUCAUGACAAGUGUGACUACCACCACUGUCCAUGGGGUUAUGCCUCUGUGAUAAAUUUGAACUUGUCUCAUCCUGCUCUUGCCAAAGCUGUCAAAGCUUUUAACCGUUUGAGGAUAAGAAUUGGAGGAUCUUUGCAAGACCGAGUAUUAUAUGAUGUUGGAAGUUUGAAGACUCCCUGCCAUCCCUUUCAAAAGAUGAAAGAUGGUAUGUUUGGAUUUUCAAUGGGAUGUUUACACAUGAAUAGAUGGGAUGAGCUGAACAAAUUUUUCAAUGCAACCGGGGUGAUGGUGACAUUUGGCUUGAAUGCGCUUAAUGGGAGGCAGCAACUUAGGAGGAAUCUUUGGGGUGGAGAUUGGGAUUAUACUAAUGCCCAAGAUUUUAUGAAAUACACCAUUUCAAAGGGGUACCAUAUAGAUUCAUGGGAAUUCGGUAAUGAGUUGAGUGGAAGUGGCAUUGGAGCAAGUGUGGGUGCUGAACAGUAUGGAAAAGACGUGAUAAACCUUAAGAAAAUAAUAAAUAAUUUGUACAGCAACUCUCUGUUUAAACCGUCACUUAUAGCACCUGGAGGAUUCUUUGACAGGCCGUGGUUUGCAAAGCUAUUACAGGUCUCAGGUCCACAUGUAGUCGAUGUAAUUAGCCAUCAUUUAUAUAAUUUGGGUGCCGGUGUUGAUCCCAAUCUUGUGAGAAAGAUAUUGGAUCCUGAAUUCCUGAGCAGGGUAUCAACAACAUUCAGCAAUCUUACAGACAUCAUAAGUGAGAAUGGACCUUGGUCUUCUGCAUGGGUAGGAGAAUCUGGUGGAGCCUACAAUAGUGGAGGUCCUCAUGUGUCAAACACAUUUGUGAACAGCUUCUGGUAUUUAGAUCAGCUUGGAAUGGCAUCAAAGCACCACACUAAAGUAUAUUGCAGGCAGACUUUGAUUGGUGGGAACUAUGGUCUCCUUAACACAACAACAUUUCUCCCCAACCCUGAUUAUUACAGUGCACUUCUAUGGCAUAGACUUAUGGGAAGAGGUGUUCUAGCUGUUGAUAGUGAUGCUUCCCCCUUGUUGCGCUCUUAUGCACAUUGUACAAAAGGAAGACCUGGUGUGACUUUACUUCUGCUCAACUUGAGUAACCAGACUAAUUUCAUACUCACCGUUCAAAACCAGUUAAACAUAGAGGUGAGUAGAAACAAUAGAAGGGACAGAUUCACUGAUGGCCUUAAGAGAACAUUUUCUUGGGUUGGAAUUAAAGAGACGGAUAAAAAUCUAUUCAGAGAAGAGUACCAUUUAACUCCGAAGGACGGAUACCUUCAGAGUCAAACCAUGGUUUUGAAUGGACUUCCAAUAGAGCCUACAGAAGCUGAACAUAUCCCAGAACUGGAACCUGUGCAUCUGGACUUGACUUCCCCAAUAUCAAUUGCUCCCCUUUCCAUUUCAUUCAUAGUAUUCCCCAACAUGGAUGCUCCAGCUUGUGUAGCAUAAUUGCAGUGCUGUUGUCUCUCUUUUUUUUUUUUUACUAGAUAAAAGUUGGACAAUUGUAAUUAUUAUCUGUUUCAGUAGUAGUGUUAUAUGUGGGAGUGUUGGAAGUUGGUGUAUUUAUUUAGCCCCAAAGGUAAAAGGAUGCAAGAAAAUGUGGUCAACUUGAAUUACUAAUGGUAUUAAAAUAAGAUCUUUCUU